AUGGCACCUGCCGCUGGCGUGUUCCUGAGGCUCGUGCUGCCGAUCGUCGCUUCUGCAUGCGCGAGGGUGAAAACAUGCGCUGCACAAGCUCGUGCCGCGUCCUUCACUCUCAAUGCACGUUCAUCCUCACUGCACGGCCUGGUGAAGCUGCAGAUGCCCUCACCCGUCUUCCUCGCCAUCUCAGUCCUGCCCUACGCUCACGUUGCGCCAUUGCCUGUACUUAAUCCCGCCCGUGGCGACGUCAGCCUCGCAUUGCGCCAGGUCGUCGGCACUACCGCCAACUCGGCCAAUGCCUUCGACAGUCUUCCCAGCGGCUGCUCUUUUGCAUACACAGCUGGCGCUGCCGCCGUCAUUGCAACCGUAGACGGCCAGCUCCAAGUCUCACAGCGCUUCUACCGCGCACGCCCAACUACGAACCCAAUCAAUCCCUCUGCCUCAAUCUAUGGAGGGCCCUCGACACCCACCCAGAACGAAAGUCGCAAUCGCACAGCGGCGUCUCUGCGCGAUGCUGGCUUCGGCGCGUCUCCACUCGCCUCACCAGCCGCCACUGAAUGGGCAGAUUCCCCAAGCAACAAGGCUUGGACGAUGAAGGAGAAGAUCAAGGCCGCCACAUGUGUGAGCUUCAGCCACGACGGGAAGUUCCUUGCCGUCGGAGAGACUGGCUACAAACCUCGAGUCUUAAUCUUCUCGACUUCCUCAGACGUACCUUCGGAUACGCCCUUGACGUCCCUGCCAGAACACACCAUCGGUGUCAAUUGCCUAGCCUUCAGCCCCGACUCGCGGUAUUUGGCAAGCUUGGGCUACUCCACUGACGGCUUCCUAUACAUAUGGAGCAUCGACCCUCGAACGGGCGCCGCAUCGCUUUAUGCCAGCAACAAGUGCGUCAGCAAUGUUAAUCGUAUGGCCUGGAUGGGCAACAAGUUGAUCACCGUUGGCACUCGGCACGUCAGGAUCUGGAAGGUCGACGAUCCAAAAUCCUCAAUGCGCAUCUCCAAAGCCCGUGCGAGCGACAUAUCCUUCCUGACAGGCUCAUUCCAUAAACCCCUCCAAGGCAGAAACUGUGUUCUGGACAGUUUGAAGGAGGCCACGUUCACGAGUGUCGUCGCUGUGGCGCCGAACAGGGCCAUUGUGGCAUCGGACAGGGGCGACAUAUGCUUAAUCGACGACUCCAACUCCGAACAACGGUUUGUGAAGCUCUUUGAUGCUGGCUUUGCAGUCAGCUCCCUAGCCGUGGACACCAAAGGAAGGCUUCACAUAGCAAGCUCCCAGGGAGGCCUCAAGACGAUUGGCGCCAUCGCUUGCUUGGCUGACUAUAUCGUUACCGUGGAUUCCCAACGCGCCAUUCGCCUGUCGCAUCUGUGUGCAGUCGACGAUGACACUACCGUCGGCGACGUUGCCCAUACUUUGCCUGCCCAUGGUAACUCUGUGCUUGGUGUCGCAGCGCUUGCUACACAGCCCAAUGCGCUGAAUGCCUCUUACUACACCUGGGCAGCUGAUGGUACAAUUCUCUUCUGGAACGUCGAUGGCAGCUUUAAGGACUCAGUCAAUGUGGCAUUAGAGCAACUUGAUGGUCCGGAUCCUCUGCAAAAUGAGCUGCGAACCGUACGUGCGUCUGCUGACGCCAGUUUUCUCAUCACCGGAGAUAAAUACGGCGUGUUGAGGAUUAUCGAUACAAUAAGCAAGACAAGCGUGUACGACUUCAAAGCGCACGCUGGAGAGAUCACGAGCAUAUCUGUCCACGAGGAAGACCAAUUGGUCCUUGUUGCAUGUGCUAGUCGGGAUCGCACAGUGCAAAUAUUCUCACGCACGAGCGAGACAUGGGAUCUUUUACAAACGCUCGACGAACACGUUGGUGCAGUCAAUGGCAUCCAAUUCUCGCGAAAUGGAAAGCGACUCGUCUCUUCGUCCAGCGAUCGAAGCAUUGUGGUCCGAGACCUCCUCACUCGCGAAGACGGUCCAGGCGAUACCAUCCGCGCAUUUAUCAUGUUGCGAGCCAUAAUGUUGAAGUCUUCACCUGUUUCAAUGACCUGGGAUAUCGACCACGACGACGUCUUACUCGUGUCCUCAAUAGAUCGCCAGGUCCAUCGAUACGACAGCCGCAACGGACAAUGCCUGAACAGCUUCCGUGCCUGUGAUACAGAGGGUGGCGACGCCGUGGUCUUGUCUUCCCUGGUCCAUAUUCCUCGAGGGUGGAGCUCUUCACUCAUCGCAGGAGUCUCCAGCACCGACAAGUCGAUACGGAUCUAUGAAGAGAAUGGAACCCUCAUCGCCCGUGAUUGGGGUCACACGGAAGGAGUCUCUGACAUCUCUCUUAUCCAAAAAGUGGGAGAGGAGGAUAGUGGCAAGUCUCUUGUGACUGUCGCAGUAGACGGCACCAUAUUCAUCUGGGACUUGGCUUUACAGCUACCAAACCGCCACGAUCUAUCUAGAUCCAUGGACCUGCUCGGGCCGAGUACACCUACCAACACCGAUCUCCUUGCGAGCAGACCCCCUCUACGCCGAGUCUUCUCCCAAUCUGAAUUAGCACGUUUUCAGCGCUCACCCGAGGAGGAUAACACUACGCCUACUGGCAACAAGUCGCCGAAGCUGCGAAAGCGACUGUCCAAAUUCACAUUGGCACAGACACCCAAGUUGGAGCCUUCGCCGUUGCCAAGCAGCGCAAGAGAAGGUCGUGCAACUGGCUGGCAAGGGACACUCCGCGCAUUCCGCAAACGACUUGCUACUAGCAGCGAUACAAUGACCUCUGAAUUGGCAAGAGAGGUCGAGAGAGAGCUUGCAACCACUGCAAGGGCAAUUGGCGACCGGGUGAAGCCAAAGGAAUUUGACGAAACUGUCAUGGUCAAGCUGCUGGAUCAAUACUCAGAGCGACUUGUGAACAUGCUCGACGAGAAAAUAGCUGCAAGCGUGGCCCAACGCGUCCGAGAGAACAGUGUCAUAUCUGAAGGUACUGAAUCCCCUGUUGCCCAGAGCCCGCGACGAGAAAGAGAUGGCAGCGAUCGGACGGAGCGCGUCGUGAACGAGCCGCUUCCCGAAGAAGUCGUUGUGCAGAGCAUAGAAACAAGUGCUACCUGCACAGAAAAUGUGUCAAACACCACGGGAUCUUGA